AUGUCUCGUGCUCCGGGUGCGAGCUUCGCUCAGUUCUUCCCUACUGCUCCGCGGGCAGCCAAAGACAAGGCCAAGGAGAGAGAGAAAGUCAAGAUAUUCAGUCAUGAUUCGCUUUUGACUCGUCCCGUUGCUGAUGGGAAGGCUGCGGCCUUUCCAAAUGUCCGCAUCAACGAUACUGCUCCUUCUCGAUUUGGUGAAGGAGGUGUUCCUACCGCAGAUAUUGCAGCUCCCCUCCUUGAUGAAGGCGACCUGCUCAAUGGUGUUGGGUCUGCCAGUUCACACUCAAGCACAGUGUCAUCUGUCUUCAGCUCCGCUGCUCAGCAGAACAACUUGUCCGCAUCCAAUAAUCAUUAUAUCAACACAACACCAAUGACGAACGUCGAUUCUUCUCCAAGUCACGUCGCGAGUCCAUACCAAAGCAAGUCUGCCACUGCAGGCUCGAAUACAACUGGUUUCCCCAGCGAGAGAUACCUUCCCCAGAAUGAUGUCCUGCCACCACAGAAUACUGCCAAGGCAGAUACUCCUCCCGCAGACCCGCGUGUCUAUGCUCGAGACCCGAACAGAAGUGUGAAAGGCUGUGUCAUAGUCUACGACCCUCUGCUCGACAAGAAACUAAAUGCGAAAGACAUGAAGAAGGCGAAACCCACAUAUAAGGAUAUUGGCUUGGAAGAAGAUGACGCUCCCCCAGCGGAUCCAAGAUUAGCGAAAAGAGGUGGAAAGCUGGAUUACAUCAAUGUUGAUUUCCACAAUCCGCUAUCUCGUCUGCGACAUGCGCCAUAUCUGCUCAGACCGUAUGCGUACGAUCCUAAGACAUCUCUUGGGCCAGGUCCACCAACCCAGGUUGUCGUAACUGGGUUUGACCCUCUACACAACUUUGCCAGCGUCUCGGCCAUAUUCUCAAGCUUUGGCGAGAUCGCAGAGAGCAGCAACAAGCUUCACCCAGAAACCGGAAGCUGCUUGGGAUUCGCAACAUUCCGUUAUCGCGACUCGAGAAUUGUCAAGGGUGGGCGAUUUGUUUCUGCCAUCGAGGCUGCGAAGCUUGCUGUGCGCAAAGGAUCGAGUAUGCGGAUUGGAUCAAGCAACGUCAAGGUUGACUUUGAUCCCGAGGGCAACAAGAGUAGGCGAAUGAUGGAGACCUUGCUGAUGGCCCCGAAGCCUGAGCCCGCGUCGCAGACUGUUAAAUCUGUUCCUACAGCAGCAACGAAGCUAGCAGAUGCUGCGAAGUUCUCUGGCCCUCCCCCGACUGCGCCUAAGGGCCCCGCAUCCUCAAGACCAAUCUUUCGUCCUCCGAUUCAAUCAAUCACCCCAGCAGUACUACUCCCACCUACGAAGCCAAAGCCAAUCCGAGUUAUGCCUAGUGCCGAACCAGUGGCGGAGCAACUGAAGCAUCAGCCAUAUAUCUUCGUAUCUGGCGAGUCUGUGCCAUGUAUGAACACGACGCCACCCCAUAUGUUGAAGCGCAUGAGGCACUUCAAUCCAGAAGAUGUCAAGAUGGACGCUCUCGGAUACUAUAUCGUCUUCCCUAAUAGUGACUAUGGUCGACACGACUGUGAGCGGUGUUGCAGAACACUCGAUCGUACUCUUAUGUUCAAUUAUACCAUGAUCAUGCAGCCAUUUUUAUACGGAAGUUCUCGAUCGCGGUCUGAGGCUUAUCGUGCUUCACAGAUGAGUCGCAAGCGCAGCAGAAGUCCAACUUUGAAGGACAAUGAUGAAUGGGAGAAGCAAGCUGAGCUUGCUCGUGCUAAAGAGGAGGCAGCCGACGUGGAGCUAGAGAGAAAGGAACGCGCGAUGAACUUCGACCCCUCCAGAGAGGCUAUAGAGGUCAUUCGGAAACAACUCAAAGCGCAGCUAUUGAAGAACAUUCGGGAGAAGACUGCUGCUCCAGCCAUACACACCUACCUGGAUCCAGCCAACCAUACGGCUAAGCGCAGAAAAUACGGCAUUGAUGAUCCUAAGGAUAUGAAGAUGCAACUCAUCUAUGAGGACGAUGAAAGAGACGAAAGUCCUGUUGGAACGCCGAAUUCCCGGAAUGAAAGCUCUGAUCGCCGUGUUAUGGGACCUGGCCGCAUGAAUGUUGCGUCUAUGCCACGCAUUCGAAAAGCUAAGAGCGGGACGAAAUCUUCUGUUGGAUUUCAAGAUCCUUACCUCGAUAGAGCACGGCCAAAGCGUAAGGAGAAGGCGCAGUAUCGACCACUAUCAGCAUUUUAUCUUGAGAGUAGUCCAGAAUCCGAGGAUGACGGCCGACUCCGUGCCCAGGGAACUGAGGAGCCUGACUCUCGACCGAGAAGCAGGAUGACAUCAGAAGAUGAUGAUUCCUUUGAUGUUUUCCAGAGGUCUCGGGAAGCUAGAGCUGUUGAUGAUGACUCUAUGAGUGAGGCCAGCUUCGUUGUUUCAGAUCAUGCCCCAUCAAAGAAGCGAAAACUCGACCUGCAAGUGGAGGCUGCCCUGAAGCGUCAGAAAAAGAGUGAUGAGGAGCUGUUCGGAGUUGCUAAAGAAAAGAUCAGCGAAGAGUUCCCUCUGUCGGCCAGCACUGUUGAUGAGGAAAUGCCAGAUGUUGAUUCUGUUCUUGGUAAUGAGCUCGAUGCCCAAGCUGCUCUUGCCGAAGGUAGGAGAAAGCUGGCUGCCAAGAAAAAGAAGAAGUCUAAGCGACAAAUCUUCGAGGAGCGCGAAGCACUCAAACGAGAACAAGAAGGCGUCUAUUUGGAUACGUUCGACCGCCAGCAGAGCGAAAGUCCAGAUGAUGAUGAGGAGUAUGUUACUGAAACAGCUCCGGUCGAGACCACGGUCGAAUGGGGCAUGUCUGCUGAGAUUCCUCGACCCACUGUUGAUGACGAUUUCAACACCGUUCUCGACCUCGACGGCCUUCAAAAUCUCAUCAAGGAUGACGAAGAUAUUCCAGCGGCUACUUCCCUUCUCAAGUCUAGCAGUACUCAUAAGCAGGGGUGGGCAAAACCAUGGGCUUGGAGACAGAAAGACAUCAAGGCACUUAAUCGCGGCGGGUAUAGAGGCUUGGCGACAACCGAUACCACCAUUUUAGGCUAUUAUGUUCCCAACGCAUCUGGCUGCGCUCGUACCGAGCCAACAAAGAAGAUUCUCAAUGCCGAAAAAUCUAAAUAUCUACCUCAUCAUAUUCAGAUCUUGAAGAAACGUCAGGAACGAGAAGCUCUUGCCUCUCGAACUGGCCGCGACUCUGCUGCUGAUGUAGCACAGGCUGCCAAAAUCGCUUCUGAAAAAACAGCAACCAAAGGAAAUUCUCGAGCCAAUCGACUCAGUCAACGUGCGUUUGCGGCCGACCUCGAUCGUCAGAAGAAGUCUCUAGGAACGGAUGUCGAUAACGUUCUCAGCUUCAAUCAACUUAAGAAGAGAAAGAAGCUUGUCAAGUUCGAACGGUCGGCAAUUCAUAACUGGGGACUGUACGCUAUGGAAGAUAUUGCCAUGAAUGAUAUGAUCAUCGAAUACGUCGGUGAGAAAGUCAGACAGCAAGUCGCCGAUCUUCGCGAACAUCGUUAUCUCAAGAGUGGAAUUGGAAGCAGUUACCUUUUCAGAAUCGAUGAGAAUACGGUUGUUGAUGCAACCAAGAAGGGUGGUAUCGCCCGUUUCAUCAAUCACAGCUGUAUGCCCAACUGCACUGCCAAGAUCAUCACGGUGGAUAAGAGCAAGAGAAUUGUCAUAUACGCGCUGCGAGACAUUGCCGAGAAUGAGGAGCUCACAUACGAUUACAAAUUUGAACGUGAGAUCGGAAGUACGGAUCGUAUUCCCUGCCUUUGCGGUACAGCAGCGUGUAAAGGAUUUCUCAACUAA